UCGGAUCAGAGUCUUGAGGUUAUGGGGGCAAGAGAUGAUGUUGAAGACGAUGUUGGAUGUGAUAUGGUUAGUGCUAGGCCUUCUUUGUUAGAUACAUCAAGUUCUAGGGAUGCAUUGGUUCCUUUGCGGGACAAGAUUGGAGGUGGUGUCCCUAUUGCUCGCUUGUUUGAAGGUGGUUGUAAUUUUUCACAUAGCGAUGUGCUUAGCUCACGAGUUGGAGGUGCCAGUACAUCCGUGAGCUUGUCAUGCGGCAUAGGCUCUUCUACGCCCAUUUCUUUACAUGCUUCUACGACCUCUGCGGGCCUAGAGAGUAAUGUGCCCACCAUUCCUUCAGGCUCCGAAGUUGGAAUCAACUCGCCUAUUGUUUCAGUUGGUGCAAACUUGGGUGGUGUGCUCAUACGCGAGUUGUUUGGCUUCAUUCAGAAAGGUGCUAGUGAUAUUGGGGGUAGCCUUCAAAGACCAUCACUGCCAGCUAUUGAUGGAGAUUAUUCCCUCAUUCAUGCUACUGAUGGAGAUUUUUCUCCUAUUCAUCUUCCCCGUGGCAGUGUGGUUCUUAAGGGGAUCGAUGGGAAGGAAAAGCUACUAGAUCCAGCUGUGUUGUUUGCCGGGGUCAAAGCAGAGUUACUUCCUCGACUGCUCUUUGUUCUUCAUUAUAAACCGACCACUUUCAUGCACUUGGGUAGCUCUUAUCUCCGGACUUAUUUUUUGGAUGGUUUUGGAGAAUUCCUUAAGGAGCUUUACAAGCUAUCCCCAGAGACAGCUUCUUUUGAUGAGGUGUUGGCCCAACGUGCUGUUUUGGGCGAAUUUCGAGAUGGCCGGAUUAACAGAUUGGAGGUGGGUUGGUUGGAUGAUUGGUUAUCCCUUCUUGAAUCCAAGGUCAGGAGGAGGAUGAUUGAGGCUGAGCUAGGCGAGGUAGACAAGGCUUUGGUUGUUGCUGUACGAGUGGAGGAGGAAUGUAAGCUAUCUUUUGAACGAGCACAGAAAGCUUUGAAUGAAGCAGAAUUGGCGUCUUCUAGCUUGAGAGAAAAGAAAGCGAUUCUUGAAGCAAGAUUGGCGGGAGAAGAAGAAGCAGAUCAAGCUUCCAGAGUCUUGACUUAGUUGGAUCAUAGUUUUGUAGCAUAUGAUAACUUUAUAGCAUAUGAUAGCUUUAUAGCCUAAAACUUUUUUGUAUGUUGGAGAUUUGGGCCUCCCUUUUUUUUUGUAAUUGAAAAUCUUCGACUACUUAAUGAAGUUGACUUUCGAGUUAAA